AUGUCCACCUCUGUCAUUCUUCCAAGAAGGAAGCGCCUUUCCGAGGGCUUGACGGUUACCCAGAAGGUCUUCGUGAGAUCGAGAAAUGGAGGAGCAUCAAAAAUUGUCAGAGAACACUACUUAAGAAGGGAUAUCCCAUGUUUAUCGAAAGCUUGUAAGUAUUGCCCGAAGAUUGUGGUUCCAAACGCUAAGGAUGAUUUACCAACAUUCGUUCUGUCGGAGACUCCACAAGUACUUGAAUCAGGUAUUGGUAAGCAUUACGUUGUGCUAGAUACAAACAUCGUAUUGCAAGCAAUCGAUUUAUUGGAAAACAGAAACUGUUUUUUUGACGUCAUUGUUCCGCAAACAGUGCUGGACGAAGUAAGAAAUCAGUCAUACCCUGUGUAUACGAGAUUAAGGACCCUGUGUCGUGACAGCGACGACAUCAAACGAUUUGCCGUGUAUCAUAACGAAUUCAGUGAAAAUACAUAUGUUGAAAGACUACCUAAUGAGACUAUAAAUGAUAGAAAUGAUAGAGCAAUUAGAAAGACCUGUCAAUGGUAUGCCGAACAUUUAAAGGAAACCGGUAUCGGCAUUAUACUAGUGACAAACGACAGGCUAAAUAAAGAGGCCGCAAUAAAGGAAGGAGAAGGAUUUGAAACGAAAUCAUUGUUUGAAUACGUUAGUGUUUUACCGAACGCUGACGAUAUUAAGGAAUCUAUUCCAAAUUUUGAAUCUUCUCUAGGAAACAUUAAGGAUAAAGAGGCCAAAGCAGAUUUCAAUUACCCAGAAUUCUAUUCCACAGCCAGAGUUAUGGGUGGAUUGAAGAACGGUGCAUUAUACCAAGGCAACAUUCAAAUAUCAGAGUAUAACUUUUUAGAAGGCUCAAUAUCUUUGCCAACCUUUUCCAAACCGGUCCUCGUUGUUGGUCAAAAGAAUAUCAACAGGGCAUUCAACGGUGAUCAGGUUGUUGUCGAGUUACUUCCAAAGAGCGAGUGGAAGGCUCCCUCGUCAAUUGCUUUAGACUCUGAACAUUUUGACGUCAAUGAUAAUGCAGAUGUAGAUGGUGACGGUGAUGAUGAAUCUAAUGAAAGGAAUAUUAAUGGAAUAAUAUCUGAUGUGCAGCGGAGAUUAUUAGCCCAAGACGCUAUUUUGGCACAGAAAUCGAACAAAAUUCAGCCAACAGCCAAAGUGGUUUCUAUUACAAGAAGGUCGUGGAGACAAUAUGUUGGCCAGAUUGCUCAAAACUCAGUCGAUCUGCAAAAUGGAGCCACUCAAAAUGUAUUUGUCAUCUUAAUGGACAAAUGUCUACCAAAAGUUAGAAUUCGUACCAGACGUGCCGCUGAGUUGCUAUCGAAGAGAAUUGUCAUAUCAAUUGAUUCUUGGCCAACUACUCACAAGUACCCUUUGGGACACUUUGUUAGAGACUUAGGUGAAGUCGAAUCUGCCCAAGCCGAAACAGAGUCCUUAUUGCUAGAGCAUGACGUGGAAUACAGACCUUUCUCCAAAAAGGUGUUGGAAUGUUUACCUAAAGAAGGCCACAAAUGGAAAGCUCCUGAAAAUUUAUCCUCUCCGGAAGCCUUAGCGAAAGAUUCUCUCUUAGCGAAAAGACGUGACCUGAGAGAAAAGCUAAUUUGUAGUAUUGAUCCACCUGGAUGUGUCGAUAUUGAUGAUGCUCUUCAUGCAAAAAAGCUUCCCAAUGGUAAUUGGGAAGUAGGUGUUCACAUAGCUGAUGUUACUCAUUUUGUGAAACCCGGCACGGCCCUUGAUGCCGAGGGUGCUUCGAGGGGUACUUCUGUUUAUUUGGUUGACAAGCGUAUCGAUAUGCUUCCCAUGCUCCUAGGUACUGACUUAUGCUCUUUGAAGCCCUAUGUCGAUAGGUUCGCAUUUUCAGUCCUUUGGGAAUUGGAUAGCGAAGCGAAUAUUGUGAACGCCGAUUUCGCCAAAUCAGUCAUUCGUUCUAGAGAGGCCUUUUCAUAUGAGCAAGCUCAGCUUCGAAUCGACGAUAGAAAUCAAACGGAUGAGUUGACAGAAGGCAUGAGGACCUUACUUAGACUUUCAAUCAAAUUGAAACAAAAGAGAUUGAGUGCAGGUGCUUUAAAUUUAGCUUCUCCUGAAGUGAAAGUCCACAUGGACAGCGAAACUUCAGAUCCAAACGAAGUCGAAAUCAAAAAGCUUUUGGCUACAAAUUCAUUAGUCGAAGAAUUCAUGUUGUUGGCUAAUAUAUCUGUUGCAAGAAAAAUAUAUGAAUCGUUCCCUCAAACUGCCAUGCUGAGAAGACACGCCUCUCCUCCAUCUACAAAUUUUGAAACCUUAAAUGAAAUGCUGCAAACAAGAAAGGGUAUGUCUAUCUCUUUAGAAUCGUCAAAAGCACUUGCUGAUUCGUUAGACCGUUGUGUUGAUCCGACAGAUCCUUACUUCAAUACUUUGGUUCGUAUAAUGUCAACGCGUUGUAUGAUGGCAGCUCAAUAUUUCUAUUCUGGUGCAUACUCUUAUUCCGAUUUCCGUCACUACGGUCUUGCAGUUGAUAUCUACACGCAUUUUACGUCACCAAUUAGAAGAUUUUGCGAUAUUGUUGCCCAUAGGCAACUAGCAGGAGCUAUUGGGUAUGAAUCGUUAGAUUUGUCCCACAGAGAUAAAAAUAAGAUGGAUAUGAUUUGCAAGAAUAUAAACAGAAGACAUAGGAAUGCUCAAUUUGCCGGUAGAGCUAGUAUCGAGUACUACGUUGGUCAAGUUAUGAGGAAUAAUGAGACAGUGGAGACAGGUUACGUAAUCAAAGUUCUUAAUAAUGGUAUUGUAGUAUUAGUACCAAAAUUUGGUGUUGAAGGUUUAAUCAGAUCAGAAAAUUUAACAAAAGAUACAAACUCUGUUGAAUAUGACGAGGUUAACUACAAAUUAUCGUUUAUUCAAUCGGGUACUGACAUUAGAAGAGAUAUAUUUGUUUUUGAUAAGGUAGAAGUGCAAUUAAAAUCGGUAUUAGAUCCAAUCACGAGUAAGCGUAAGGCCGAACUCUUGCUCAAGUGA